AAAGUCUCUCUUCUCCAUUCUCUCUAAGAAAGUUCGACGGAAGAAGAACAAAACAACAACAACGAUGGCGAUGGCGAGCUUAGCUAGGAGAAAAGCGUACUUUCUCACCAGAAAUAUCUCUAAUUCUCCCACUGAUGCUCUCAGAUUCUCUCUCUCCCUCACUCGCGGCUUCGCUUCGUCGGGAUCCGACGACAACGACGUUGUCAUCAUCGGCGGCGGUCCUGGAGGUUAUGUGGCGGCGAUUAAAGCGGCGCAGCUCGGUCUCAAGACAACUUGCAUCGAAAAGCGUGGCGCUCUCGGUGGUACUUGUCUUAACGUCGGAUGUAUUCCUUCAAAGGCCCUUCUUCACUCUUCUCACAUGUACCAUGAAGCAAAGCACGUUUUUGCUAACCACGGUGUUAAGGUCUCUUCGGUUGAGGUAGAUCUUCCUGCUAUGUUGGCUCAGAAAGACACAGCAGUCAAGAAUCUCACACGUGGUGUCGAAGGUCUUUUCAAGAAGAACAAGGUAAACUAUGUUAAGGGCUACGGUAAGUUUCUGUCCCCAUCAGAAGUCUCUGUCGACACAAUCGAUGGAGAAAACUUGGUUGUGAAAGGCAAACAUAUCAUAGUUGCAACUGGCUCGGAUGUCAAGUCUUUGCCAGGCAUCACCAUCGAUGAAAAGAAGAUUGUCUCAUCAACUGGGGCACUGUCUCUGACAGAGAUCCCAAAGAAACUCAUUGUCAUUGGUGCUGGCUAUAUUGGGCUCGAGAUGGGUUCUGUAUGGGGACGGCUCGGAUCAGAGGUCACAGUGGUUGAGUUUGCAGCGGAUAUUGUACCAGCAAUGGAUGGUGAAAUCCGCAAGCAGUUUCAACGCUCACUAGAGAAGCAAAAGAUGAAAUUCAUGCUCAAGACUAAAGUCGUCGGCGUAGAUUCAUCUGGAGAUGGUGUGAAACUCAUAGUGGAACCUGCUGAAGGUGGAGAGAAGACCACUCUAGAAGCUGAUGUGGUCCUCGUCUCAGCUGGUAGAACUCCGUUCACAUCUGGACUUGAUCUAGAGAAAAUCGGAGUUGAGACAGACAAAGGCGGGAGAAUUCUGGUGAACGAGAGAUUCUCGACAAAUGUUUCAGGCGUUUAUGCAAUUGGAGAUGUGAUUCCAGGACCAAUGCUGGCUCACAAAGCCGAAGAAGAUGGUGUGGCAUGUGUUGAGUUUAUAGCAGGCAAACACGGUCAUGUGGAUUACGACAAAGUCCCUGGGGUUGUCUACACGUACCCUGAAGUUGCCUCAGUUGGUAAAACCGAGGAGCAGCUGAAGAAAGACGGUGUAAGCUACAAUGUCGGAAAAUUCCCAUUCAUGGCCAAUAGCAGAGCCAAGGCUAUAGACACAGUAGAGGGACUGGUCAAGAUUUUGGCUGAUAAAGAGACAGACAAGAUCUUGGGAGUUCACAUUAUGUCACCAAACGCAGGAGAAUUGAUCCAUGAGGCGGUUCUAGCUAUCAACUAUGAUGCAUCAAGCGAAGACAUUGCUCGAGUCUGUCACGCUCAUCCCACCAUGAGUGAGGCUAUCAAGGAAGCUGCCAUGGCUACCUAUGACAAGCCCAUUCACAUGUAGAAUCCCUCAGGAGAUGUGGAUUGAGGGAAAAGGAAGUAAAGCCGCCUACGACAAGCCAAAUCGAGAUUGGUUUUCUGAUUUCGGUUUAAACCUUUGAUUUUUAAUUUUCUGGUGGAUAUGAGAUGAGCUUAAAGAAGAUACUUUUACCACUCUUUUUAUUCGUUAAAUCUUCUCCAGAUUUUCAGUUCCGGGUUAGGCCCGACUAUAGUAAUAAUUUGAUAUGCUCAAUGAACCAAAUGUGAUUAAUCAGGUUUGAUCGGUGGUUUUGGCUUUGUUUUGUUGACCGAUUUUUGGUGAAAGAGUAUAAACCAAAUUCGAUAUG